GUAAAAUGAAUGAGAUUACCUUUUUACAGACUCAGUAUUCAUCAGUGAAAAUAUGCAAAUGAUGAAUUCAGCCUUGUUAUCAGGCAGUUUACGCCUCUCCCAAUAUAGAACAGGAAGUUAGAAUGGAUUCUUCUCUCAUUGGGUUUUCAUCAAGUAGACCAAAUGAAGAUUGUGUAACUCAUGCACCUUUGGCUUGCCUUUUCUCUCUCUAAUUUGGGAACAGAAAAAUCAACAAUUAAUUUUGGAUUCUGACAGAGACAAAGGAGGAGCAGUGAGGUUCUGGGGGAAUUUAAAAUCUUGCUGCAUCCCCAACUGACCCUGUUUUGGGCCCCUUCAUCAUGGAAGCAGCUCCUGCCAAUCAUUUAAAAGACUUGAGUCUUGUUUCAAGAGACUUUUUGGUCUUGCUUCUGCAAACUCACAAUUCCUUUAUUUACUCUUGGGAAGAAAACGCAGGUAGAAGCUUAAAAGCUGGAUGUCCCUGCACUUCCAUCUCCUUGUUCAUCAUCCUUAACCAGGCAGAAAGGUGAUGGGACAGUUUGUCUCUAGCAAAAGGAUAUGUUUAGAUGCUGAGGUGUUUCCAGAGACAACUGGUCAGAGAAGUCGGGGAGAGAAAAAAGCGGGAUCCAGAUCCCCUGUAACUGCUUGCUGCUUUCCCCACAGGACUCUGCAUUGAUAGACCUCCUGUCCCAUACUCUUCCCUUCCCCUCUCAUUCGAUGUCUCUUUUCUGACCCUAAAUUUCACCUUUCAUAGUAAGAGGUCAGUAUAUUUUCAUACUUGGGAAAUCUCAUUCAAGAAUUUUUGUCAAUGGACAAGUCAUAAGAAGCCCUUCCAUUUUAGGGCUCGUUGACGUCACCAAGGAGGCGAUAAAUAUCUGUUGAUAUAAUUGGAUGUGAGAUUCAGUGUUGAGAUAGCAAAACUCUGCCCCUCGUUCUCUGGCAGGGCCCUAUGAUUUAUGCAGGAGCAGAGGCAGCACGCAAUCGAGCUGUCAAGAGAGCGUCAGCUUAUUAGGCAAAUGCUGCGUGGUUUCUGAAGAGGGUCGACGCUAUAAAAUCCCACUCCAGGCUCUGGUGUGGAGAAACUCAGAGCCCAAAUCGGUUGAGAGACUGGAGAGAAGGAGAAGAGAAGAAAAAGAGAGUGAAGACAGAAAGGAGAAGAGAAGAAAAACCCUUGAAAAAGCCCCGGAGACUUUCCUCUGCAGAGAGGCGGCAGCGCCCCACUCACCUGCAGAAGCACCUCAGAAGCGAGCGCCCCUAACAUGCGGCUGCCGCUUCUCUUGUCCGCGGGCGUCCUGCUGGUGGCUUUCCUGCCCUGCCCGCCAUGCAGGGCCCUCCUCAGCCGGGGACCCAUCCCGCGCGCCCGGCAGGCCCCUCAGCAGCCCCAGCCCCUGGAUUUCUCCCAGCUGCCGCCGCAGCCCCAGCAGCCCCAACAGCCACAGGCUCGGCCCAUCCUGCUCCGCAUGGGAGAGGAAUAUUUCCUCCGCCUGGGUAACCUCAACAAGAGCCCCGCUGCUUCCCUCUUGCCCGCCUCUUCACCUGUCUCUGGCGGCAGCGGCAGCCACCUUUCACCGGACGAAGCGGCCGCCAACUUUUUCCGAGCGUUGCUGCAGCAGCUGCCGCUGCCCCGGCGCCCGCUCCCGCUCGACAGCCCCGCAGGUCCGGCUGAGCACGGAGCCGAGAACGCCCUCGGCAGCCGCCAGGAGACACUCGAGAGGCAGAGGCGAUCCGAGGAACCUCCCAUCUCGCUGGAUCUCACCUUCCACCUCCUCCGAGAAGUCUUGGAAAUGGCCAGGGCUGAGCAGUUAGCGCAGCAAGCUCACAGCAACAGGAAACUGAUGGAGAUUAUUGGGAAAUAAAACUGUGCGUUUGGCCGAAAGGAUGCAGUAUUUAGCACGCAAAAAAAAUAAUAAAAAAAUCAAAUACAGUAUUCUGUACCAUAGCGUUGCUCUGAUACCAUUUGUUUAUUUUUUUUAUAGCUUGAAGCCUAGACGAUGUAUAGCAAGAGAGCCUAUACUCCUUAAUUAGCAUGCACAAAGUGUAUUCACACACAGUAACAGCAGCAAAAUGUUAUUUGUAUUGUCUACUUUUAGUUUCCAUUUCCAGGUGUCUUUAAUGGUGUUUAGAAAGUAUGGACCCAGAAUGAAAUGUUUUGAAGCAGGCAGAAGUCACUCAAUUUAUUUUGUUGUGGUCUGAGCCAAAGAGAGUGUCAUUCUCUUGGAUAGGUGAAACAAAAUCUGUAAGCUCUUUGAAUCAACCUUCCCUUGUAAACGUUUCAGUAAUAAAAACAUCUUACCAAUCA